AUGGCUGCUGCGCUCCGGGUAUUGAACGGCAGCACCAAUGGCUCCGAGAACUCAGAGAUGACGGUGACCUUUCUUGGAUGCGGAACAUUGAACACAGCCAUUCUCACCGGUAUCCUAUCCUCUCUACAGGAAGAUGCAACCAGCUCUUCAUCUUCGAGCGCCGAGUCCUCAACGAACGUCCGUACACCCAGCCGAUUCAUCGCAUGUGUCCGACGACCCGAGUCAGCGCAGCGCAUCCAGCGCGCGGUGCAGGAAUACUCGACGCCCGUGACGGUGUUACAGAAUGAGAACGUCAAGGGCGUUAAGGCCGCGGACGUGGUGAUCCUCGGGUGCAAGCCAUACAUGGUCGAAAGCGUGCUCGCAGAGAAAGGGAUCCAAGAGGCUCUGGCAGGCAAACUGCUGGUGUCGAUCUGCGCCGGCGUGCCCGUCGACCAGAUUGGACGCGCCCUCUACGGCGCCGACUAUCCCGACCACAUCCACAUCCAUUCAAACCCGUGCCGCAUUGUACGGGUCAUGCCCAAUACGGCGGCCAUGAACCGGGAGUCGAUGACCGUGAUUGCGACGUCGACCUCGCCGUUGCCUUCUGAAUUGUCCGCCAUAGUCGAAUGGAUCUUCACCAGGAUCGGCCGUGUCGUCCAUCUGCCCCCGUCGGCCAUGGAUGCCUCGACCGCCCUGUGCGGUUCCGGCCCGGCGUUUUGCGCCCUGAUGCUUGAGUCUCUGGUUGAUGGCGCCGUCGCCAUGGGUAUCCCCCGUCAAGAGGCUCAGCUGAUGGCCGCCCAGACCAUGCGCGGCACUUCUGCCAUGGUGCUGGCUGGUGAACAUCCCGCCUUCAUUCGAGAGAAGGUCAGCACCCCCGGUGGCUGCACCAUUGGUGGUCUUUUGGUCCUAGAGGAGGGCGCGGUCAGAGGUACCAUCUCCCGCAGCAUCAGAGAAGCAACUGUCGUCGCCUCUGAGUUGGGCAAGGGCGUCACAAAUGUCAAUGGUACUCGGUUUUCUAGGCAAUAG